UACUUCUUCGCUUCCUCUCCACCAAGCAAGUGUGUAUCUUUCUCCGCCUAUCUCUUUCUCUCUCUCUCUCUGCGGAAUCUCUUCUUCUCGUUUCGAGUCCGUAAGAUCCCCUCGAAAACAAAAAAAGAGAUGGCGGAGGAGAAGAAAGUCGCCCCGAUUGGUGUCUGGACCGCCGUGAAGCCCUUCGUCAAUGGCGGAGCCUCCGGUAUGCUCGCGACUUGCGUCAUCCAGCCGAUUGACAUGAUCAAGGUGAGGAUUCAACUAGGUCAGGGAUCUGCAGCCAGUGUGACCAAGAACAUGUUGAAGAAUGAUGGUAUUGGUGCUUUCUACAAGGGAUUGUCUGCUGGUUUGCUGAGGCAAGCAACUUACACCACAGCCCGUCUUGGAUCCUUCAAGAUGCUGACUGCGAAAGCGAUUGAAGCUAACGACGGGAAGCCGCUACCUCUGUAUCAGAAGGCUCUGUGUGGUCUGACGGCCGGUGCCAUUGGUGCUUGCGUCGGUAGUCCGGCCGAUCUGGCGCUUAUCAGAAUGCAAGCCGACAACACCUUGCCGUUAGCUCAGCGCAGGAACUACACCAACGCCUUCCACGCGCUGUACCGUAUCAGCGCCGAUGAAGGAGUUUUGGCGCUCUGGAAAGGUUGUGGUCCCACCGUGGUCAGAGCCAUGGCUUUGAACAUGGGGAUGCUUGCUUCUUAUGAUCAGAGUGCUGAGUACAUGAGAGAUAAUCUCGGUCUUGGGGAGACUUCUACCGUCGUUGGAGCAAGUGCUGUUUCGGGGUUCUGCGCUGCGGCUUGCAGUCUACCAUUUGACUUUGUCAAAACUCAGAUCCAGAAAAUGCAACCGGACGCUCAGGGGAAGUAUCCAUACACUGGUUCGCUUGACUGUGCAAUGCAAACCUUGAAGUCAGGAGGACCUCUGAAGUUCUACACAGGUUUCCCUGUUUACUGCGUCAGGAUCGCCCCUCACGUCAUGAUGACAUGGAUCUUCCUGAACCAGAUUACAAAGUUUCAGAAGACCAUUGGUCUGUGAGAUUCAAGCAUUGUGAAGUGCAUGCCGAGAAUAAGAUGAGAAGAGAAACACAAUUGGAAUUGUGUUAGAUUUGCUUUUUUAUUCAUAUAUACAUGAUGAUCACAUUGCCUGGACGCAUUAUUGGAACUGUUGAAGACUUUAAUAUUUUUGUUGUUGUCGAGGAUCGUUGAUUGGUUUGGUAAACUUCCUUUUGAAA